AUGUCCUAUGUAAUUGGAAUUGAUCUUGGUUUGUCAUCGUCGUCAGUUGCCAUUUACUGCGAUGGAAAGGUUAAAACUUUGUCCAAUAUUUUUGGUAACUUUACUACACCAUCUUGUGUUGCAUUCAAUAACAGCGAUUGUCUUGUUGGAGAAGCUGCUGUUGGUCAGGCUACAAGGAAUCCUGCAAAUACAUUGUUCAGUAAGUUUUGAUGAAAAUCUUAUAUUAUUUGGCUUAACGUUACUUUAUCUGGUUUUAUACUGUAUGUUAUUCUACUUUGCUUUACUUUAUCCUUGUCUUCUAUCUCUCAUCGUAACAUAUCUUAUCCUACCUUACCGUACUUUUCUCUACUCUACCCUAUUCUACCUUAUCGUACUUUACUUUACCAUACCAUAUCUUAUUAUACCUUAUUUUACCCUAUUCUACUUUAUUUUGAUCUACUCUACUUUUUUCUACUUUACCCUACUCUACCUUAUCCUACUCCACUCUAUCUUACCUUUUACUAACUUAAACUAUAUAAUAUAUUUUUAGAUGCCAAACGUCUGAUUGGACGUUUUUUCAAUGAAGUUCGAGACGAAGUUAAAAGCUGGCCGUACAGAGUUGUUGAUAUUGGCAAUGGUUUUUGUUACCAAGUGGAAUAUAAAGGAGAAGUCACGUUUUACACGCCAGAACAGAUCACUGCUACGAUUUUGUCUGAAUUAAAAGCGAUUGCAGAGUACUUUUGUCAUACAGUUAAAGAUGCCGUCAUCACCGUGCCAGCCCACUUCAAACAGCCUCAAGUCUUGGCUACGGUCGAAGCGGCUAAAAUGGCGGGCCUCAAUGUCCUUCGUAUUAUCAACGAGCCUACAGCUACUGCGAUUGCUUAUACAUACAACAGAAGCUGGGCGGACUACAGUUCUUCGUCUACAGCUCACAGUAAUCCUGCAGGUUACGGUAAUCCAUCUACAGAUCACAAUAGCCCUCAAACGUUUAAAAAUAUGUUGAUAUACGACCUGGAAGAAGAUACGUUCGACGCAAGUGUUAUCACGGUGAAGGAUUUGAUUCUAGAUGAUGCUCGAAGCCAAGAAAUGGGCCAACAGGUUGGUGGUGUUACACAUGAUCUACCUAGAGAUAGUUGUAGUAGUAUGAACAAAUGUCGGGUAACAUUGCAUACUAUAGAGUAUGACAAGGCAUACUGUAGGGCAGGGCAAACCAUACUGUAAGGUAAGGCAAUGCAUAAGGUACGGGUAGGGCAAGGAAUACUGUGCAAGAAAGGGUAGGGGUAAAGGUAGGCUUAGGGGGUAGAGGUAGUUAAUCUAAAAGUCAACUUUUAUCUUUAGCUAUAUGUUCAAUUAUCAAAUAAAACACGUACUAAACAGUACGAGCUGAAGGCCACCUCAGGAAAUGGUCACUUGGGAACGAACGACUUUGUUACUCGACUAAUGGAUUAUUUAAUCGAUGAAUUCCAGACGAAAUACAACAAAGAUUUGAGGUCAAACAAACAAUCUCUUUGACGGCUUCGAAUUCAAUGUCAGAGAACGGUGAGGGAGCUUCGGAAUUUUACAAAACUUGAGUAAGUAUGAUUUAAAAGCGGAUCUGACGCUUUUCACUACUCUCUCACUCUCUCCCCUCCCCUUUUUUCUCUUUCACCCUAGCGACGUUCCUGGUUACAGUAUAAGUUAGGCUAGGUUUGCGAUGACAGUACGUGUGAGGUGGGGCUACGGUAGGAUAAGUUAGGUUUUAUAUUAAUUUAAAUUUUGUUUAAGUUUUGAAAUUGAAAGUCUCUUCGACGGUGAAGACUUUUACACCACCAUAUCUCGAGUCAGGUUUGAAUCCUUGAUCGUUGACUUGUUAAAUGAUACGUUGGAAGCAGUCAAGUAUGUUUUGAAUGCUUCCAAACUGUUGAAGCGCGACAUUCAUGAAGUUUUGUUGGUGGGCACUCAAAUGCCAAUGGUUAAACAACUCAUUUUCAAGUUUUUUGCUGGACACUUGUACACAUUCGACACAAAUUUGGAGCAAGCUGUAGCACAUGGUGCAGCGAUCCAAGCGGCCGUUUUGUCAGCCAAGCAUGAGCAUAGACUGCCGGAUAUUCGCAUAUUUGACCAGGCUAACGCUCCAGUUGUUGGUGUCGGCGUUCUUGGUGGGUUAUAUCUCUGGAAUUUCAUAUUUUGUUGUUAAAAGGCGACAUUUUAUACGAUGAAACAUGCACUUUCAAAUUUUCAGUCGAACCAGAUCAUACCAACAUACUAUGUCAAGUAAAACAAUCCGGUUUCAAAAACACUCCAGUUCGGCCGUUUUCAAUUACUCUGAACAUUGACCAUUAUGGUAUGUUGACUACACGAGCGGUGGUUCAUAUUACGGGCAGUGAGACCAAUGUUACUGUAACUAAUGUCAACGCGAAUGAGUACGAUGUCUGUAGCAAGAAGAUGGACCAUUUUAGAAGGCUGAAGGGGUUGGAGGAAAGGGUAGGUUUUGAUUAGUGCAUAAUGGUUGAAAUGUCUUAAAAUUUUUGUCGAAAAUUUUUAAAUUUGCAUUUUUUUGCGGAAUUUUAAAAAUCUUGGCAUUGUGUUUCAGGCUUGUUUUUAUGGUGUUUUAACUCUGAAUUUAGAAUUUAGGAAAGGUUUUAGACUAGUUAAAGUAGCUUUAAAAACGUUGAACAUUUUUAAAUUUAAAUUUGUAUUCUCCCGCCAAAUUUAAAAAAUUUUGGCAUUGUUUCAGGCUUGUUUUAUGACAUUUUGAACUUGAAUGUAACAAAAGCUUUGGUUAUAAUUUUAAAUAGCUUUACAAAUUUUGAAAAAACGUGAUUUGAAUAUUUACAUUGUAUUUAACCGCCAAAUUUUUAAAAAUCUUGGCAUUGUAUUUCAGGCUUGUUUUUAUGUCAUUUUAAAGUUGAAUUUAAUAAAGGUUAUAGAUUAUAGUUUAAGUAGCUUUAAAAUUGUUGAAAAUCUGAAGAAGAAGUUUAAAUUUAUAUUUUCCCGCCAAAUUAAAAAUAUCUUGGCAUUGUAUUUUAGCCUUGUUUUAUGUCAUUCGUAAUUUGAAAUUUGUAAAAAUUGUUUAAAAUUUGUUUUAGAUCGUAGUUUAAGUAGCUUUAGAAAUGUUAUAAAUUUUUUUUAAAAUUCAAAUUUUUAUUUUUCCCGCCAAAUUCUAAAACAUAAUUUUAGGCAAAGAAAAUGAACAGACAAUCAAAACUGGUUGUCGACAAGUGUAGCACUGCCAUUUCGGACCUGGCUAGUUGUCCGAGACGCGUUACUGAAGGAGAAGUUGCCAAACUCGAAGCCCAACUGAACCAGGCAUUUUUGGCCGAAGCCGAGGCCAAAAAGAAGGUCCGAUUUUCACAUUCAGAAGCAGAAUCUUGA